AGCAACUUCCAGAGAGGGGGCCUGUUGCACAAAAGUAGAAUUAAGACAUCCGGGAUAAAUGACUAAACUGAGCUCAAUGAAGCCAAAACAUGUGCGUCCAGGCUUAAUUGGUUGCACAAAGACCAAGCCAGGAUGAGCAGACACGGAUUCAUUAAGCCAGGUGAAACCAAUCCUGGAUAGGUGCGCGCUCACGGCUCACUCAAAUAGACCCCGCCACAGAUCACAGAUUAACUGAUUUACCAUGGCAACUAGAGCCGCGUACUUUUCCCCGUCGGAAGCACAAAUCCUCAUGGAGGCAUACGAGGAGGUAAAAGAUAUAAUUAAGAAGAAAGGCAACACCGCCACAGUGAUAAAGCAAAGAGAAAAAGCGUGGCAAAGUAUUGCAGACCGCCUGAAUGCAUUAAACAUGAACGGGCCAAAACGGACAUGGCAGCAGGUCAAAAUCAAAUACAAGAACAUUCUGCAGAAUGCAGUGAAAAAGAAUACCCACAGACAAGGCACGGGUGGUGGGUCACCAAAGGCUGACCUUACCCCAGCAGAGGACAUGGCCUUGGAGCUAAAUAAAGGCAGGCCCGUCUUAGAGGGGAUCCCUGGGGGAAAGAGACGAGCAUAGGUUCCUCCCAAGAUGCCACCCGCUUCAUUCAAGUGUCUGGCAGCACUGUGUUCCUGUUAGAGCCACCAGCACAAGCACCAGACGAUGCUGAUCCAGGUGAAGGCCCCAGUGCAGCAGCAACAGCACAUGAUGGAGACGAUGAUGAUGAGGAGGAGACCAUCUCUCUGGAUUCCAGAAGGCAUGAGGACCCAGAUGCUAUACAGUGGGAAAACCAGCCUGGCAACAUAGUGCGUAUUAAUAAAAGGACACCACAUCCUGCCAAAUUCCAGCUGCGCUAAUUGUAUUGUGUUCACAGAGCUCACAAGCUAUCAGAAAGUUGUAUGGCAACCACCUCCGGCGCCAAAUAGAACUGGCAGACAUAGACAUUCAGUACAAGAAGAAAAAGAUGGAAAAUCUUGCACUGGAGUCCGAAAUAAAAAAGAGGACAAUUAGGAAACUGGACCUUGAAAUAAAAAAACUUGAGAGGGAGGUGAGAUAUGCCUUCAAUGUACACUGUAUGCUAACUGUAACACAAAUGUAUUAAUCAUUAUUUGUAUUUCCUCCCCCAGCUCCAAGAAGAUGCCACAGCUCAAAAUAAAAAUUAGGUAUAUUCUCGUAAAGUCAAGUGAGCCAUGACAUAUGAGCUCUUAUUGUGAGCACACAGGACGGUGGCAUCUUUCUAAGGUUUUUUUUAUUUUCCCAGCAAUCAGUACAACCAAGUCAUCGUUAUAAGGCAUCGCCCUCUUUUGCCCACCCCCCCCAGCACCAGGUGUGGCCACUAGCCUAUAUGAAGGCCCAAAAUUGUGUGUUCCUUUCUGCUCUGACAAUGGCAUGCCCAUUCGUGCGAGAUGUGGUGGAUGAAGAAGCACUUGUGCUGAGGAGAGCCUUCAGGCGAGAAAGGGUCUUCAGGGACCGGUUGGACCCACUGGCCUUCCCUGACGACCAUCUAUAUGAAAGAUACAGGUUUUCUGCAGAUGGCAUCAGGUAUCUAUGCAGACUACUGGGUCCCAGGAUUAAGCACCGCACUGCACGGAGCCAUGCACUGAGUGUGGAGCAAAUGGUUUGUGUGGCCUUGCACUUUUUUGCUAGUGGAGCCUUCCUGUACUCAGUGGGGGAUGCAGAACAGCUGAACAAGGCCACAAUUUGCCGCACAAUAAGGAGUGUGUGUCUGGCUAUCAAAGCAUUAGCAGAUGUCUUCAUCUCCUUCCCUGGCCACAGAAGACUCUGUGACAUCAAAGAGGAGUUCUAUAGGAUUGCAGGUUUCCCCAAUGUCAUUGGUGCAGUGGACUGCACACACAUAAGGAUAAAAGCCCCCUCAGGUGCCCAUGAGGCCGAUUUUGUGAAUAGGAAAUCCUUUCACAGCAUUAAUGUUCAGAUGGUCUGCAAUGCUGACUGUGUGAUCAGCAAUGUUGUGGCAAAAUGGCCUGGCUCAGUCCAUGACUCCAGAAUCUUUCGGGCCUCUGAAAUCUAUCAGUGCCUAUCACAAGGUGAAUUCUCUGGUGUGUUGCUGGGAGACAGGGGGUAUGGCUGCCAGCCUUUUCUCCUGACACCUUUCACAGACCCCCAGGAAGCACAGCAGGCCUACAACCAUGCCCAUGCCAGGACCAGGGCCAGAGUUGAAAUGACCUUUGGCCUCCUGAAGGCACGCUUUCACUGCCUUCACAAAUUAAGGGUCAGCCCUGUUAGGGCAUGUGAUAUUACUGUGGCUUGUGCUGUCCUCCACAAUGUGGCCUGCCUGAGGAAGGAGAGGGCCCCCAGAGUGCCACCAGCCAUGGACUGGGACAAUCCGGCAAUCUUCCCUGAUGACGACAGUGGUCGGCUGCUGAGGGACCAAUAUGUGUUGAAUUAUUUUAGUUAGUAUGUGUGCUUUCAAUUUUGGUUAAAUAUGUCCUGCGGUGGCAGAGGAAUUUGGGUUU